AUGGAAACUCGUCAUUUUUGGGAGGAAAACGGACAUGCCGUCAAGUAUGAAAAUUACAAUUCAAAUGAUGGUUUCGGAAGGAUUUCAGGAGAGCAGCUUAAAUUCACCGCGCCGUCCGAAGACGAGGGAGAGUAUUCGCCCGGCGCCUACUUGAAGAAAAGGGAAGGUCUCGAGGCAAGACCCAAUGUCCCACCGCAUAAUAGAGAAGAGACGACGAGAUCGGAUGAAUAA